UGUCAAAAUUAUGGCUUCAUCAAACGAUGAUGAUGAUUUUUGGUACAGUACAGAGAAGAGAUCGUUUUGUUUUGAAAGCAACGAGACUGAUAACUUAUUUGGAGUAUCAAAAAGUGGCACUGCGCAAUUGCGAGCUGGUAUUUCAAGUAUACAAAUUACUGACAGCAGUGUCAAGUACAAUGAACCUCAAGGAAGUGUGAAACCACUAUUAUCAAUUAUAUCUGAUAGCGUUUUAUCAAAAAUUUUAGAAGCAGAUAAGUCUCAAUAUAUUCCUGAUGAAUCUUCAAGUAUGCACCCAGAUGAUACGCUGAAAAGAAUUUUAGUGGGUAAGUCAUAUUCAUUAGAAAAACAUAAAUCACUAGCCAGCAAAACUGCUUUACUCGAUGCCGCUAUAAGAAGUGGAAAUGGAAAUGCUAUUUUAGGGAUUAUUUUAUUCAUUAAAAAAACUUUGAAAAAAAAUCUAGUCCAGAAAUUGUUGGUUGAAAGGCCAGAAGCUUUGUACACGUACAUCCAUUACUUAUCAAUCAGAUUGUGUUCAAGUGAAAUAUGUGAUUUACUUACUGCCCAGGGAAAAACAGUUGAUGCCGCCAUAAGGUGUUUAAAUAUUACUAUAAAAAGUGUCGAUAAUUUGGAUGGUAGCAUAGAUCCUUUGCUUUUGAAAAUUUCAAAACAGUAUAAUAUGUUGUUUACCAAUUUACCAGACUGUAGGGAGACUGUUUUUGUUCAAUCUUAUGUGAAAUUACUAGAGUGGCAAAAACAUGCACAAAAUAAACUCAUUGAACCAUUUAAAGCUAAUCUCCCAGCCUUAGAGUACUUGAGGCUUACUUGUAAGGAUUUCUGGGGUGUUACAGAAACUAAUGCUGUUUCACCAUUAGCAUUAGCUCAAAAUCAAGAUAUUUCACCUCGACAAUUUGAAAAAGUGGCUAUUGUAACUAGAGCAUCGGUUCAUGCUUGGGACGAUAUCGAUAACUUAUUGCAUAAAAAAGGAUGGCUUGGUGGAAAAAAACUACAAACCCAUUUGCCAAUUGAGGAAGUUUUGAGACUCUUACAAGAGCAUAAAGCACCAUCAGGUAUCAUGGAAAAAUUCUUAAACUACGUAGAUAGCAGUAAACGUUUACAAGUGGCAAAGAAUCUCAACUGCUACAAGGCAGUUAUAAAUUUACUAAUGUCUCACGGAGAUCGCACAGCCCUGCUGGAAUAUAAAGCUGAUCUUCGUCCUCACUCAGAGGAGUACUUUUAUGCUGAAAGCAUUCUAUGCAGCAACUCAAUAAAAUGGAGAAAUUAAAAAAAA